AUGGCGAGUCGAAAAGGUUGCUUCAAGUGUGGAAAUCUGGGGCAUAUAGCAGAGAACUGCCCAUCUGAUCAGAGGUUGUGCUAUAACUGCCGUCAAGGAGGGCACGAGAGCGCGGAGUGUCCCAGUCCACGAAGCGUUAGCGCUAAGCAAUGCUAUGGAUGUGGUGGAAUAGGACAUGUGCAGUCAGACUGUGCGUCAUUAAAAAUUGCUGCUAGGGCUGCGUCUAGCACAUCUGCCAACACGAAGUGCUUCGUGAGUUCCCCCCAUUAUGCUUCAAGUUAG